CUUGGACACAGCAACAGCAGUACUACAAUUUCCAUCGGUUGUACUUCUCAUCGUGUUUUUCAGCUUUGUAAUUAUGGCUAACUACGCCGCGAUGCUGCUGUUGGCCGUUGUCUCUCUGAUGGCUGGACAGGCAAUGGGUGGACCAAUGGGUUCGUCUUCUUCUGCAUACUACACCACUCCGCCGCCUUAUUACACCACGACGUAUGUAGCCCCCUCUUACUACGCCACAAAGGUGCCCGAGUACUACACCACUACGUAUGCAGCUCCAACAUACUACACCACAAAGGCGCCCGAGUACUACACCACCACGUAUGCAGCUCCAACAUACUACACCACAAAGGCGCCCGAGUACUACCCUGCACCGAGCUAUUACACAGAGGCGCCAGUGUAUUACACAACAACGUACGCCACUCCAAGCUACUACACCGAAGCUCCCGCCUACUAUGCCACAAAGGCCCCUGAGUAUUACACCACAACUUACGCCGUUCCAGCCUAUUACACUGAGACUCCGCAGUACUACACUACAAAGGCUCCAGAGUACACAACAUAUACUGCGCCAAGCUAUUAUACCGAGGAGCCCAAGUACUACACCACAACAUACGCCGCUCCAGCUUACUACACCGAAGCUACCAAGUAUUACUCAGCCCUAAGCUACUACCAGACUGAGGCUCCACAAUCCACAACAACGUAUGCUGCUCCGGUUUACUACACUGAAGCUCCUCAAUACUACAGCACAAAGUCUGCUGAAUACUACACGACUAAAGCCCCGGGGUAUUACACACAGAGGGCUGAAUACUACACCACAACAUACACUGCCCCGGUUUACUACACUGCAGCUCCCAAGUAUUACCAGACUGAUGCUCCGAAAUACUACACCACUAAGGCUCCUGAGUACUACACCACAACGUAUGCUGCUCGGAGCUACUAUUCCGAGACACCCAAGUACUACACCACUACCUACGCUGCCCCGGCUUAUUACACCGAGGCUCCGCAAUACUACACCACCAAGGCUGAUGAAUACUACACGACGAAAGCACCGGAGUACUACGCAAAGAAAGCAGAAUACUACACCACAACUUACGCAGCUCCAUCUUACUACACUGAGGCCCCCCAAUACUAUACUACAAAGGCCCCCGAGUACUACACCACGCCGUAUGCUGCACCAAGCUAUUACACUGAGCGUCCAAAGCAUUAUUAAUCGUAAAAAUACCUUGUCCGUAAAGCUUAAUAGUUAGAAAUAAUUAGAUCUUGUUUUAUUAUUUGCUGCCCUCGUUCCAAAAUGAGUAUUUCCCUGCAUUGUAUUUAUCCAAUAACAAGUCGCCCCAUACGAAUGUGGUUUAUAACUAAAAUAUUGAAUACAGCUAUUAUGUCGUUACUCAA